AUGCAGCAGUGCGCGAAGCUGCAGCAGCAGCAGCAGCUGCAGCCUGCCUCCCCGAUGGGGGGGAGCCUAGCUGCUGCCUGCACCAGCAGCAGCAGCAGCAGCAGAGAAGCAGGGACACCACGGAGUGUGCGCUGCGCGGAUGCUGCUGCUGCCAUGGGGCUCCUCCCUAAGGAGGUAGCUCAGCAGCAGCAGCAGCAGCAGCGACAGCAGCAGCAGAUCUAUUCACCUCAUGCAGGCACUAGCCCUCUCCGUGCGUCUUUUCCCUACAUGCAGCAGCAACAGCAGCGACCACAGCAGCAGCAGCAGCAGCAGCAGCAGCAGCAGCAGCAAUCCGUGUCUUCUUCGUCAGCGAGAGCCCGUGACCCGCCGCUUUCCUUGUUGGAUGCUGUCGUGCGUCACCACAGCAGCAGCAGCACCAGCAGCAGCAACAGCAGCAACAGCAACAGCAGCAGCAGCACCACCACCACCAGUAGAUAUUGGGGGGCUCCAAUGAGCAGCAGCGGCAGUAGUGCUGCAACUUCCAGUGUCAAUGUCCAGCAGCAGCAGCGGCAGCAACAGCAGCAGCAGCUGCAGCAGCGAUACAGCAGCCCCAUGUGCCUACCGGUGCAGCAGAUGCAGAAGCCACCUCUACAGCAGCAGAAGGCACCGCAGCAGCAACUGCAGCAGCAGCAGCAGCAGCAGGGACAGAGCAGCCCGCUGCGGCAGCAGCAGCAGCAACAACAACAACUGCUGCAGCAGCAGGGACAGAGCAGCCCGCUGCGGCUGCAGCAGCAGCUACCUCGUUCAUGGCAGCAGCAACCGCAGCAGCAGCAGCAGCGACCGACAUGCAUGCAGCAGCAGUGGGCGAGACCUCAGAGAGUUUGGCACACUUACAGUGGGCACUUCAGCAGCAGCAGCAGCAGCACCAGCUACAACAGCAACAGCAACAGCACCGGCGGCAGCAACUACAAUAGCAGCAACAACGGCAGCAGCAGCAGCAACAGCAGCAGCAGCAACAGCAGCAGCAACAACAGCAGCAGCAUCAUCGGCUCGACGCUGCUUUGUAAGGACCCCUCCACGCCACCUGUACCUCACAGGCGACAGCAGCAGCAACAGCAGCAGCAACAGCAGCAACAACAGCAGCAGCAGCAGGCUUAUCGCGGCUACCAGCAGCAGCAGUUUCUAAAUUGGCAGAACCAAGGACAGCAGCAGCAGCAGCAGCAGCAGCAGCAGCGAGUGCAGCAGCCGCAGCACUUGACCCCGCGGGCCCCAGCGACGCCACAGAGGCUCUCAGCAGACAGCGCAGCUACGGCGCUGCAGCAGCAGCAGCAACUGCAGCAUCAGCAACAACAGCAACAACGGGGCGUGCUGCCGUUGCAGCAACCCCAUAUGCAACAUUUGCAGCAGCAGCACCAGCAGCAGCACCAGCAGCAGCACCAGCAGCAGCACCAGCAGCAGCACCAGCAGCAGCACCUCGCUCAUCAGAUGCGUCCAAAUAAUGCUUGGGGCCAGCAGCAGCAACAGCUACAGCAGCAGCAGCUACACCAGCAGCAGCAGCUACAGCAACAGCCGUUACAGCAGCAGCACCACCAGCAGGCACAGCAGCCGCAGCAACAGGUACAACAGCAGCAGCAGCAGCAGCAGCAGCAGGUACAGCAGCAGCAGCAGCAGCAGCAGCAGCAAGGUGAACAGGAUUAUUCGUGGCUGCGGGUGGAGUGGGGAGAAGACAUAAUGGACCUACUCGAAGCAGCAAGCGCAGAGGAUUUGGCGUACAGCAGCAGCAACGGCAACUCUGCUGCAGCAGAAUCUACUGCAGCAGGAUCUACUGCAGCAGGAUCUGCUGCAGCAGGCUCGGCUGCAGCAGACUGCACAACAGCAGCUGCUUCUACUGCUGCUGCUGCUGCUGUUCCUGCUGCUUCUGCAGCGCAUACACAAGGAGGCGUUGGAGGUCUUCGCAGACGCAGCAGCGGCAACAAUAGCAGCAGCAGCAGCAGGAAACGUGCAGGGUGGGCUUCCAUUAGCAGCAGAUGUCCUCUUUGUUCUACCGCCUUUACUACUAUCGUUCGUCGACGAGUUAGUGCAGCAGCAGCAGCAAUAGCAGCAGCAGCAGUUGCUGCUAGCCAGAAGGCUGCUGCUGCUAAAGCUGAAGCCAACAGUGCUUCUGUUAAGACUGAACAGCAGCAGCAGCAGCAGCAGCAACACCAGGAGCAGCAGCAGCAGCAGCAGCAGCAGCCAUCCACCAGUGUGCCUGUACCAGGUGUGUCCUCACAACUGUCGCAGGUGAAGCAGCAAGACAGCAGCAGCAGCAGCAGCACCGCAACAGCAGCACCAGCAGCAGCAUGUUUAAUAGGUCUACAGCUAGUAGAGGAGGUACCAUUACCUCCUCCUGCUGAGCGUCGUCGGGGAUCGAUGGGAUCGGGAUCGUUGGGAUCGUUGGGAUCGUUGGGAUCGGGAUCGUUUGGGGGGUGCGAAGUUUGUGGUCGUGAUGAUGAUUGGAGUCGUCUGCUGCUGUGCGAUGCAUGCGAUAGUGCCUAUCAUAUAUAUUGUCUGUCUCCUCCUCUUGCUGCUGUACCUGAUGGUGAAUGGUGCUGCAGCAACUGUAGCCUACAAAGGAGAAUUAUACAGCAGCACGAGCAGCAAUCUCUACAGCAACUGCAGCAACAGCAGCAACAGCAACACCAACAGCAACAGCGGCGCAGAGGGAGGCAGCAGAGGCAGCAGAGGCAGCAGACACGACAAAGGAGACAAAGAAGACAACAAAGACAACAACAAAGAAAUGCAACGGGACAAGGUACACGACGGAGACGUAGCAGCAGGAACAGCAGCAGCACUGCAGCAGCAGCAGCAACAACAACAGCAGCACAAGGACCACAACGUGGGGGCAGACCUAGGAAAAGGAUUAAAAGGACAACCAGCGAAACUACUACACCUGCUGCUGCUGUAGCAGGUAACGUCAAUGGCAGCAGCAGCAGCAGCAGCAGUAGCAGCAGCAGCAGCAGCAGCGCAUGCGUUGAUUUCGAUACUUUCGCUCACAACGGCAACGGACGGCCGAAUGGGGUCGGACGUCUUCAGAGACCCGGUCGCAGGAGGAGGAGCAGCAGCAACAGCAGCAAUAGCAGCAGCAGCAGUAGCAGCAGUAGCAGCAGUAGCAGCAGCGGCAGAAGAAGAGUGCCGGUUCUUGCUGCGCGGCGUCGUCCUGCUGCCCGUAGAGGCCCCAGCUGCUCUAGUGGGGAGGAGAGCAGCAGCGACGACUCCUCUGAUCUGCAUGACUUUAUUGUUCACAGCAGCAGCAGCGGCAGCAGCAGCGGCAGCAGCUGCAGCAUCAGCAAUGGGCCUAGCAGCGCGAGCAGCAGCAGCGAGAGCAGCAGCAGCGACAGCGAUAGCUGUACGGAAGUCUCCCCAAGAAUCAGUCGGAGGCGGAACGCCAGAACCAUCAAUAGCAGAAGCAGCAGCAGCAGCAGCAGCAGCAGCGAUAGGAGCAGCAGUAUUGCUGCUAGCAGAAGGAUCCUGGGUACCCCUAUUGGGCAGCCGGGGGACUGGCAGCAGCAGCAGCAGCAGCAUCAAGGAGGAGAGGCAGAUCCUUCUUCUCCCGCUGGUGGGCAUUCGGACGUCGUUGCAAUGGUAGGCCCAAGCGGCAGUGCUGCAGUGAGCUUGCCGCAGCAGCAGCAGCAACAGCAACAGCAGCAGCAGCAGCAGAAGCCAGGAGCAGCAGGCAGAAGACCCAAUGGGGUGCAGGCGCUCCUCCGUCGUUAUUUUGUCAGUCCAGCGAACCGACAUGCAGCAGACAGCAAUAGAAGUUGCAGCAGCAGCAGCACCAACAGCAGCAGCAGCAGCAGCAGCAGCAGGACAUUUUAG